CCGCGGCUCACACUCAACCAAAUUCGCGGACUGCGGUAGGUCGUGCCACUGGAGGCUCCACGACCGCAGUCGCUCGUCUCGCCGCGCGCACAUUUUCUUUGAAAUUUCGUGUAAUUGCAAAGAAAAAAGUGUCAAACACGAAACCUUGGUGAUAUACGAGUGCGCUGUGCUUCAUGUUUUCCAACAAUAAUAGACUCUAUUUUUUUAUCGAUAUUUACAAAAUUUCGUUAAUAGAUAGGGUUAACGUGACCGCAUUAGUGAAACGACAUACAGCGUUUCAAGUAAAUAAAAGGAUUACGUGAAUGCUACUUAGGACCAUAAUACAGAUAGCGUCGCUACAUCGUGACAAUAAAAGCAAUAAAAUUGCUUAGAAGAUAUUUUUAUAACCGAAGUGGUUUAGGAAUAUUCUACUAAAUGCCCAUUCCGUCCAUAUCAAAGAGAUAUUUUUUAUAGACCAAUUAAGUAUAAAUGAGCAUAAUAUUAAGAAAUACAAGAGGUAAUACGCUAGCCGCAGAAAUGGCGUUCAUUAGUUUGAGAAGCAGCUUAAGGAUAAUAUGGAGCGCGAUGGUGGUUCUAGCAUACCUAACCAGGAGUAGUGCUGCACCCGCCUUUGGUGGCAUCAGCCAAGCUACUUACGACACACACAGAUUUCCUAAUGCUGGGUUUUCAAAGUUUGAAAACUUAGGGCCGUACUUAUUUACGGAGAUGUACCUAGACAAAUUCGGAUACCUAAGUCCAAAGAUCCGAAAUCCCACGAGUGGCCAUAUCAUAGACGAGAGUUUAUUUAGAAAAGCAGUCGCAGAGUUCCAAAGUUUCGCUGGAUUGAACGCGACUGGCGAAUUAGACGAUGAAACGAAAGAAGUAAUGGCACUACCAAGGUGUGGCGUAAGAGAUAAAGUUGGUUUCGGGGAAAGCCGCGCCAAGAGAUACGCUCUCCAAGGUUCAAGGUGGCGUAUUAAGAACUUAACGUAUAGAAUAGCCAAAUACCCUUCGAGACUGAAUCAGGCCGAUGUGGACCUCGAGCUUGCCAAAGCCUUCUCCGUGUGGUCUGAUUACACAGACCUGACCUUCACACAGAAACGUUCCGGACAAGUCCAUAUUGAAGUGAGGUUCGAGACGGGUGAGCACGGAGAUGGGGAUCCAUUUGACGGCCCCGGUGGUACUUUGGCCCAUGCUUAUUUCCCUGUAUACGGAGGUGAUGCCCAUUUCGACGAUGCAGAGACGUGGACUAUCAACUCCCGAAGGGGAACUAAUCUAUUCCAGGUCGCAGCCCACGAGUUCGGUCACUCUCUAGGUCUGUCCCACAGCGAUGUUCGCUCUGCCCUUAUGGCUCCGUUCUACAGAGGCUACGACCCGGCAUUCCAGCUCGACCAGGACGACAUUCAGGGUAUACAGGCGCUGUACGGCCGCAAAACGCAGACGGACAUCGGCGCAGGCGCAGCGCCCGCGCCCGGGCCCGCGCCCGCCACGCCGCGCCCCACCGCCGAGGACCCCGCGCUCUGCGCCGACCCUAAAUUCGAUACGAUCUUCAACUCUGCCGACGGAGCUACAUUCAUCUUCAAGGGCGAAAACUAUUGGCGAUUGACUGAGGACGGCGUGGCAGCCGGCUACCCUCGCCUGAUCUCCCGCGCGUGGCCCGGCCUACCUGGAAACAUUGACGCCGCGUUCACAUACAAAAAUGGCAAGACAUAUUUCUUCAAGGGCUCCAAGUACUGGAGAUACAAUGGACAGAAGAUGGACGGUGACUACCCUAAAGAAAUUAGUGAAGGUUUCAGUGGCAUCCCUGAUAACUUGGAUGCGGCACUGGUAUGGUCUGGCAAUGGCAAAAUCUACUUCUACAAGGGUUCCAAGUUCUGGAGGUUCGACCCCACCAAGCGGCCGCCCGUCAAGGCCACUUACCCCAAACCACUCUCCAACUGGGACGGUAUUCCCGACAACAUCGAUGCUGCCUUACAAUAUACGAAUGGAUACACUUACUUCUUCAAAGGAGGAUCCUACUGGCGGUUUAACGACAGAUCGUUCAGUGUGGACGUAGACAACCCAGCGUUCCCGCGGUCGACCGGCUUCUGGUGGCUGGGUUGCAGCAGCGCACCGCGCGGCACCGUCGGAGGUAACGCACAGAUCAAGUCGCCUCGCCCGCAGGACGACGACGACGUCGGAGAGAUCCUCUUCGAUGCAGAUGAGGAAAACUCAGAGCGCAAUAAGGGUGGCAAUAGCGCUUCAAGCGUAUCCAGCGGCGCUCAGAUGACACUCGCGCUAGUGCUGGCGGCGCUGAGCGCGCGGUGGACGCGGCGCGUGUAGCGCAGCGUGCCCGCCUGCACGCCCCCCGCCCCGCCCCGCCCCCUCCCCCCUGCGGCCCGGUGUCCGGUGUCCGGGCGCCGGCAGCUGUCGGCCUGCGGCAUGCCGCCCGGACCGCGUCACCGACUGUGAUCGUGUGUUGUGUGCGUGUGCGCGUUCGGUAUAUUGUGUAUAGCGAACGCUCUGCUGUGAUGACGGAUGCGUCCUUUUUAUACUGUUGCAAGAACGAUAAUUUAUAUCGAAGAAGUCAUAGUUUUUAUACUUAAUAUAAAUAGAUGAUGUAAGUUCGAGUGUGAUAUUGAUGUAAGCGACGAUUUUUGUAUUAAAAUAUUUAAUAACUA